AUGCAGGAUGACACAUUAUUAACUUAUCUUAUAUCUGUUCAAAAUAGUCAUACUACAUUCGAUUAUCUAACUCCAGAGGCGUAUUUCUUUCUUCAAGGACAUGGAAAUUCCAAUUAUGAUGAUAUGACUAAUUUUCAAAAUAUUAAUUCUAUUAAUGGCACACCAUUAUUACUUCACGAUUAUAAUAUUGCCACAUCGUUACCUUUAACUAAUUAUGUAAGCAAUCAUUCUUUUAGAGUGCCACCCACUUUACUAAGCAAUCAACCUCUCUUACCUUCUACUGUACCUUUUAAUUUGAGUGGUUAUCUCACUUAUGAUUUUCUUAAACAUUCUGAAAAUUAA